AUGCACUGGAACGCCAAGAACAACGGCAAGUCCAUCCCGCUCGCCGUCGAGGCCUCGGGCGCCGUGGCGCGCGGGUGGUUCUCCGUCGCUUUCUCCUUCAGCGGGCUCAUGGCGCCGUCGGACGCCGUCGUCGGGAACCCGGGCAACGCCGUCUCCACGUACCACGUCGCGAGCUACUCCUCCGUCGCGCCCGCGCGCGGGAUCAACCUCGGCGGGAAGAGCUGCGCGACGAGCGGCGGGAAAACCGUGAUGAAAUUCACGCGCAGCGUGGGCGACGGGGGAGCCGUUCCCGUGCGCGUGAAGGGCGUGAAUAAGAUCAUCUGGGGGUACUCGAACGACGGCAGCAAGUCCGUCGCUUACCACGGAGCCAACAUCCCGCGCCGCAUUCUCGCUGCGUACCCGCUUCCCCGUUGCGUACCCGCUUCCCCGUUGCGUACCCGCUUCCCCGUUGCGUACCCGCUUCCCCGUUGCGUACCCGCUUCCCCGUUGCGUACCCGCUUCCCCGUUGCGUACCCGCUUCCCCGUUGCGUACCCGCUUCCCCGUUGCGUACCCGCUUCCCCGUUGCGUACCCGCUUCCCCGUUGCGUACCCGCUUCCCCGUUGCGUACCCGCUUCCCCGUUGCGUACCCGCUUCCCCGUUGCGUACCCGCUUCCCCGUUGCGUACCCGCUUCCCCGUUGCGUACCCGCUUCCCCGUUGCGUACCCGCUUCCCCGUUGCGUACCCGCUUCCCCGUUGCGUACCCGCUUCCCCGUUGCGUACCCGCUUCCCCGUUGCGUACCCGCUUCCCCGUUGCGUACCCGCUUCCCCGUUGCGUACCCGCUUCCCCGUUGCGUACCCGCUUCCCCGUUGCGUACCCGCUUCCCCGUUGCGUACCCGCUUCCCCGUUGCGUACCCGCUUCCCCGUUGCGUACCCGCUUCCCCGUUGCGUACCCGCUUCCCCGUUGCGUACCCGCUUCCCCGUUGCGUACCCGCUUCCCCGUUGCGUACCCGCUUCCCCGUUUCGUACCCGCUUCCCCGUUGAGUACCCGCUUCCCCGUUGCGUACCCGCUUCCCCGUUGCGUAUCCGCAUUCCCGUUGCGUACUCGCAUCCCCGUUGCAUACCCGCAUUCCCGGAGCCUCUGCUCGCAAUUUCUAUAUUCUUCCGUCGCAUGAACGCUCUUACUACCACGAAUAAAGCUGCGGUCACCACAGUGGACACCACCAUUGCAUUGCUCAAAGUUCCUUUCCGGAAUCCCUUCCGCCACGUUGAUCGCUUCAGCUCUCCGCCAUUCCUGCUCCGCCCGCGCCUCUCGCCUCGUCUUCUCACACUCUCCCUACGGAAUCCCUUCCCUCCCCCUCAUCCCCUACGCUCCCCCAUCAGCGGAAGCACGCAGGUGGAUUUCUCGUGCGACGGCUCGUCACCCGGCAAGCCGUCGCCCAGCCCGCCGGUUACGAAGCCGCCGCCCGUGCCCGUGGUGCCGCCGUCCAAGCGCUCUAAGCUCUGCCCCUGGUCGUCCCUUCCGGGCUUCACCUACAUGCUCCAGCUCAAACCCCUGCGUCAAUUCACGCUGCCAGUGCACGUGCCUGCUGUUUUCCGGGCGCCGUCUCACCAGACCUUUCUAUCUCUCCCUCCCCUCCCCGUCGCUUCCUGUGAUCCACCAUCAAUUUUCAGGCUGUUCGUUCACUGGCGGCAGGUGAACCCGAACCUCAUCGAAAUCGCCAUGGAGGCCAAGCCCGGCAGCGGCGCCAACAACGGCUGGCUCGCACUCGCCUGGACCAGCAACGGCCGGAUGGCGCCGGCCGAUGCGAUCAUUGGUAACCGCAUGGGCGGCACGCUCGGCACGUACCUCAUUACGGGGUACACGAUGCAGUCGCUGAAACCCGCUGCCAUCCCCUUGGGAGCGUACCCGACUGUGUUCAAGAGGGGCACCGGCUCCACUGUCAUGAUGUUCCGCCGUGGUGCCACCGGCGGCACUAUUCCGGUGAAGCCAAGUGGUCUGAACAACCUCAUCUGGGCGCACUCCCCCUCCAACAGCAAGACACUUGCUUACCACAGCGGCAGCGUGAAUAGAGUUUGGUCCUACUGCGUUCCUAAGCCGACCUGUGUUCCUCUGCUGUUCCUUUGCAGUGGGCGGGCAACCAUUGACUUCUCCUGCAAGGUGGCCCCUGUUGCAAGUGGCGCUGGGGAUGAUGAUGGUGGCAGUGGUGAUUAG